AUGCUCAUUACAACUUACAACUUACAGCUUGCCAUUGGAAGUGCGAAGGAGCUCACUCCUGAGCUUAGCCCUCUCUUGAAGAAAGUGAGGGCCAUCGUGGGUCAUUACAAACACACUUCACAAGCCCAAGAGAGGCUUGACAGCUAUCAAAAGGUAGCCGGGAAUACCCCACUUCACCUUAUUCAGGACAUCGAUACAAGAUGGAAUAGCGAGUAUGCUAUGCUACGCAGACUUCUGGAGCUACGGGAACCGAUUACGCUGGAUAUGGCAAAGCACGGGAGCCUGGUUGACUGCUUAACUGGGACAGAGUGGCGCAUUGCUUCUGACUAUGUGAAAGUCCUGAAACCUCUAGCUGAGGCCACAGUCGAGGCUGAAGGUGAGAAAUACCCCACGCUUUCAUGCCAAGUACCCUCUCUCUACUGCAUAUUUCAGUCCCUGAAAUGCGUCUGUGAUCAGGAUAUGACGGCCGAGGGAAAAACCUUCAGUACCAAUGUUGAAAAGAGUUUGAUAACUAGGUUCCCUGAUUAUAACAUGGAUAAAGAUGCCUGCAUAGCAAUGUUCUGCGACCCACGGUACAAGACGGUCAUAUUUAGAAAUGACAGUGCUCGGGAAGAGUGGUUGAAAACCGUUGCUCAGGAACAAUUAAACUAUGCAGAUGCUGGAGAAUAUUAUGGGAAUGAGCAAGAAGGAGGUGCUGUAGCAUCAUCAUCUUUGUGGGCAGCAUUUGAUACUAUGGCUGAGACACAGGACCAGGGAAACAACCCAUCCAAGGAAAUCAGGGCUUACAUUGACGACAAGACAAUCAGUAGAAAUGCUGAUCCGUGCAAAUGGUGGAAAGAGAUGGGGCAGCAUAAAUAUCCAGCUGUAGCCAGGCUAGCACGCAAGUACCUCGCCAUUCCAGCAACGUCAGCUUCCAGUGAACGCGCAUUCUCAGCAGCAGGAAGUGUUGCUACACCAUGCAGAGCUGCCUUACUCCCUGAGCAUGUCAGGCAGCUGACAUUUCUGCACGGCAACCUGUGA